GGCUGUGGUAUAGUGAGGGGAACCGCACAAUGGUUUCCUCUUCUAUCACAGCUUCCCCUCUUCUUUUCUCCAAUAUUUCAUGUACUAGUUUGGAUGUGUGUGAAAAAUCCAGUAACCCUCUUAAGAGACUGGUCCAAAUAAAGAGACCCAUUACAGUUUGCUCUUGCUCUACUGAUCAAGGUUCUGCUUCUUUUCAAUCUCGCAGAGGUGUUCUUCAUAGCUCGGUUGCUUUAGCUGCUUCAGCAGCUGUUCUUUUAUGGUCAAGUCCGGCUAGAGCUGGAUUUCUGUCGGGAUCGACCGGUUUAGAAUCAAUUCCAGGACCUGCGUUACCCAAAGUGGAGUUCUUUGACCGCUUCAAUGAAGAAAACCAGAAGAAGUAUGCAGAAAAUGAUGCGAGAUUCAAAUCGUCUCCAUUAAUCCAGGGGCUACUAGAAAAAUCCAAGCUCAACAAAGAGAAGAAUAGUAAGGAAAUUCAAGACAAGUACUGCCUGCGAGGAGCGGAAUGGGGAGUCGGAGACUGCUCGACGGAUGGAAUGAAGCCGGACGAGAGGGACAAGUUCAUUGCGAUGUUGAAGGAGAGGGCUGGUGUCAAAGAUUGACCACUGCUACUGAUGCUGUGAUUUAGGCCGCUUCACUUCCUGCAAUAACACUUGUAGCGUGACUACAUGAGUAAAAGAUCGAUAGUAUUUGAUUAA